GAAUGGCACGGGCCCCAUGAAUGAUGCUGCUUGCACUUCGAGAUUCGCGUGGGGAGGGACGAGUUACAUUCACACAACUACCUCGGCUCGUUUCUCCGAAAACAUAUUCGUGUUUCUUAUUCUGGUCGGCGCAUACUUGCUCCUGGGCGCCUAGUAUUCACCUGCCUAUUAUUUAGUAAAGUUCACGCAGUAUCGCGAGCUUCGAGUCGCACAUGGCGCGCAUGGCUGGCAGGAUUCAGCCGAUGGCGCGGGCCCUCGUAUUGGCGGGCCUGAUCGUGGCCUUAGCGAGUUGCGCGCCGAAAGCGUCAGCGGCUGCAGCUUCGUGCAUCGCGUCGACCCUCCCUGGCUACGAUGUGGCAGUGCCGCUCGGCGAUAGUCUGACUCUGCACUGGAAAACGCCCACCUCGACUGUCCUCGAUCUCGCGCUCGAGACGGCAAACGCUGGCUGGGUGGCGGUGGGGUGGUCGGCGGACGGCAGGAUGGCCGGCAGCGAUGCCGUGGUCGGCAAUGGUGGGUCUCCGGCCAGCGUGCAGGCGUAUCAGCUGCUGUCGAUUCUCCCUGGAGGCCAGACGCCAACGGACACCUUUAGCAUCGGGGAAGCGUCAGUGGCUGCCGGGAAUGGCGGAUCCACUGUUAUCACGUUCUCUCGCACGGAGGGCACUGGUGCCGUGCCAGUGCAGCUGUCAGGCGCCUCGGCAAUCAUCUAUUCCGCAUCACCGGACGGAUCCACAACUCUCUCCUACCAUGGGCCCAUGAGAGGAUCGGAGGAGGUUGAUUUCUCCUGCAAGGUGGAAGGAGCGCCACCAACAGCAGCACCGCCAAUAGCCGCACCGCCAACAGUAGCACCGCCAACAGCAGCACCGCCAACAGCAGCACCGCCAACAGCAGCACCACCAACAGCAGCACCGCCAACAGCAGCACCACCAACAGCAGCACCGCCAACAGCGGCACCGCCAACAGCAGCACCGCCCCCACCGUCCUCCCCACCCCCGCCAGGGCAGGGAACAGGUAGCCCCUCGCCACCACCGCCUAAGGCAGGGCGACUGGCUGUCAAUCGCGUGCCUUGGCUGGUGCCUGUGGCUCUGCUUGUGGGGCUCAUUCCAUUUAUUCUCAGUGUGGCUUGAGGGAUGCUUGUACGCAUUUUCCUCCAGCUGGAAGGACCCUACAGACUACGGGAAGGGUUGACGGACCAUUAUGAUGAGAGGGAAUGCUUAGAAUCAUUGGAAUUCCAAGAAUCAAGAAGCUGUAAUUCAUUUGUUGAUCAAUUGUGCUGUAAAAACAGAAUCGAGGUGCUCAUAUCGCGC